GCCCAGUGCCUGUUGUGUCCGCAUCUGUUCGUUUCUUGUCCGCACUCUGAGAGAUAAAGUUCAAUUAAUUCGCUAAACUAUUGUACAAAGGCGCAAUAUAUUGUGAAAGAAUUAUGCUGUUUUUGAAAAAUUUUGUUUGACAUUAAUGAGGAAGUGUUAUAUUGGUUCAAUUAAUACAGAACUAAUUCAUUAAGAUCCUUUCAGAACAGGCUUCAAAAAGAAAAAAAAGUGUAAUAGAACACUAACUGAUCCGCAAAACGAAUGACAAAAAUAUAAAAAAUUUAAAUAAAAUAAGAAGAAAAGAAAAAUACUAAAAUCAAAGAACAAACAAGCCUAGAACCCAGUGAUAAAAACAAACAAACAAACAAAUCAAACCAACUAUCGAAAAAAUACUAGAAAAAGAAGAGAAUUAGUCUUUAUUCUUAUUGAUUUUUUGUUUUGUUUUGUUUUGUUUUUUGUUUUUUCAUCGACUCCUCUGCCCUUCGCCAAAAUGCCUCUCCGCCACCAACCAGACACGUUGCAAAAGAAUGCAAUGAGGUCAAUUGCUAUGAAUUUCGACUACAUCUGCUACCGGGCGGAGAGCAAAGCGGAAAUGGCCAAGAUGGUUAGCGACGACACAUAUCUCAAUGUAGAAGGACCUUUUAAACAUUUGCCGAGUUAUGUGUGCCAUGGAGUCUUGGACACCAUCAAGGAGCUAUUAACAUUCGUCCGAAGGCACCAUCUGUGGUGUCUCCUCCAGUCUUCCGUGACGGAGUUCUCCCUUCUUCAUAUAAGCCAUCACUCCAUUGCCCCAGACCUUAUCAUCCAGCGAUGUCCACGCCUCCGCCGGCUGGACGUGGCUUACCUGAGGUCAGUGGGGCCGGGGACCAUCAUGAGGCUCAUCCCGAACCUCAAGCACAUCGUGGUUCUCAACCUCAGCAUGACGGAGACCAUCGAUCAGGUCCUGGAACUCAUCGGCCUAAACUGCCCCGAGAUCCGAGAACUGGACAUCUCUCAUACGGCCAUAUCCGAACGCGGUCUGCCCAAGCUCUGCUACGACGCCGCUAACGACCGCCCUCUCUGCCAAAAGUUGACCAAGAUUAGCAUUAUGGGCUGCAUCAUCACCCCGCGGCCUGUCAGCUUCUUGUUGCAGUAUAUCCCGACGCUGAGGGAGAUGGAUUAUGAUAAUAUAUUCCAGGUAUUCAACGUCAUGAAAGAGUGGGGCUUGACACCGGCUAACAUCGGUACCUGUGAGAAAUUGCACCUGCGUCUCCUCACCUCAACAAACGAAGCUGUAGAUCCUGAAGAUGUUGAUAUUGCAAUCGAACUAUGUCCAUAUGCCACGAACUUCACCCUCAGCCACGCCUACGUCGAGAACGAUGUCCUGUACAAGAUCAUGCGAAUGGAGAACCUCACCCACUUGAGGAUCACCAACUCCGAGGGCCUCACACUCGACUUCCACGAGGGAGUCCUGCCCGUGCUCACCGUCAAGGGCCACCAACUGCACUCGCUCCUGCUGGUCAACUUCACUACGGUCGAUGUGGCUGCCAUCGGCGAGUGUUGCCCGCGCCUGCAGAACUUGGCACUCAGCAACAUCGGAGUUUACGAAGAAAUCAUGUACCCCAGAGAACAGUACUUCUGUGACCUCAGAAGUCUAGAGAUCUGGUCAGCGCUGACGUCGGAAACCAUGAACUCCACAAUACUCCGUCAGCUGCUGACGUAUUGCCAUCACUUGCAGAAUCUUCUUAUCAAAGCCACUGAUGCCAUAUCAGAUAAACUUCUUUACGACAUUUGGCGGGAAAACGAGAUGAAACAGCUGUCCCGCCUGACGAUUGACACUUGCCCGAACGUCACAGCUGAGGCCAUCCACCAGCUCCUCGACAUGACCAAUAACCUCACACUGAUUCGACUCUGGGGCUGCUUCUUCAUCACUAAGAACGAUGAAGCCAAACUCCAGAAACGGAUUAAGGACGAAAAUUGUGAUGUUUAUCUCGAGUGGUAUUGCUGGGAAGGUUGAAUCGGGGGGUAAACAUGGCAAUCGAUAAAUUUGUUUUUUUUGUUUUUUGUUU